AGUGUGAGAAAAGGCGUUCAGUUACCUUACAAGAUGUUUCACAUUCUUUGGUUUACAACUCUUGGUCGAUAGAUCAAAUUGUUGACGUAUUUUCGUGACAGUAGUGACUGUUAAGUGUCACGGUCAACGAAGUUAUUGUAUUUGUAGGUUGUUUAAGUCGUUAUUAGUAUGGUUACGAUGGGCGAACCCCUCACUUUAGCAAAUGAUGUUAAGAGGUCCAUUGAAUUAUUAGACAAAUUACAGAAAGGUGGAGAAAUACCUGCCACAAAAUUAGCUGCCUUACAAAAAGUAUUACAAAGUGAUUUUUUGAGCGCUGUUCGCGAAGUAUACGAACAUGUAUAUGAAACUGUAGAUAUUCAGGGUUCUCAAGAUGUUCGUGCAUCGGCUACUGCUAAAGCAACGGUUGCUGCUUUUGCGGCAAGCGAAGGUCAUGCACAUCCACGGGUAGUCGAAUUACCAAAAACCGAAGAAGGUCUUGGUUUUAAUGUGAUGGGAGGCAAGGAACAAAACUCGCCAAUUUAUAUUUCGCGAAUUAUCCCUGGAGGUGUUGCUGAUCGUCAUGGAGGCUUGAAACGCGGUGAUCAGCUUCUUUCAGUGAACGGAGUCUGUGUUGAAGGAGAAAAUCAUGAAAAGGCAGUAGAAUUACUAAAACAAGCACAAAAUUCUGUGAAACUGGUUGUACGAUACACUCCACGUGUCUUAGAAGAAAUGGAAUUGCGAUUUGACAAGCAAAGAGCAGCGCGUAGGCGUCAACACAUGCAAUAAAAGGAAAA